UCCAAGGUCAACGACGUUUGAGCAAGAGGGAAGCUCCAUUCGAGGGCAUCAGGCCCGUCCGGGGCUCGUCGGCCACCGUCUCCAUUCCCGGCUUGGCAGCCCUAGACGCCGGUGGACGCCUAGGACGCCCUAGUUGGCUAGCUUCAUGCGAACAUUUCUUCACGACCCCGUCCGCGCCUACCAAGGAUAGAUCCUGGAUCACCACUUCCACGCUGCCGAGGGAAUGGCAUGGUGGGACUCGUCUCGCCGGAGCCUCGGGGCUUCACUGAGAUCCAAAAAACAACAUCCUCCUGUCGUCGAACCUCCAGCCCCUGCUCCUGCCGGUCCUCACCCAAAGCCUCGCCAUAUCGACACACACACUGCCACGCCUCACUUGACCAUGGAACUGGAGAGGGCCCUGCUAUCGCCCAUUACAGAGGAACAACCCGCUGUAGCGACGCAAGCAGAGACAACAAACACCGGCCCUCUCGUCGUCCACGUCCAUAUCCAGUUCCACGAUCAGGACCUUCACUCCGUCACUCACAACCAGACAUAUGUUAGCUCGCCAUACUUCGAACCUACGGGGAGGAUAUGCAAUGGCUUGCUUCGCCGCAUCGAGCACUGCUCCGAAGAGCUCAUCACCCGGACCGACCCCACGGCCCUUGACAUGGUCAAGGAAGGAUCCCAUGACCGUAAGCCAUUGCGCUUCGAACUCACCUAUCGCGUCACAAGAGCUGGAUGGAUGGGGGAAUGGGCCGUCAGGACGUACAGGUCGUAUCAGCAACGGCCUUUGACAGCCGCGUCGGCCAAGGAGGUUAUCAUCGCAAGUCACCAGACGGUAGGCAUGUUUUUCCGACGACAUGACAGUGACUUUCGAUGGCUGGGGGGCUCUGUUCUCGAUGCGACACCCGAAACCGCCGAUUCGUCUCUAGACUCAGAAGUUGGGCAAAUGUCGCUCGGUGCUAUUCCCUCACCCCGAUUUGUCGAGGAGUCCCAGACAUUCGAAUUCGUCCCCGGUUACAGUAUCGAGGUCUCCCUCCGACACAGAAACCCACGGCGACUUAUUCCGGCAUUCAAGAGGGCAGUCAAGGUUUACAGCAGACAGGCGACUCCUCUUACGGCUGAGAUGGGCAGAGAUCUACUGGCGAACGCAGCAGAGGCUAUCAAUCGCAGCUUGGGUCCCAGGAGGCAGAGGCUUGAAAUUCAUGCGCAGCAAUGUACAACCAUGACAUGCCAGCAUCGCGACAGUACGGCCCUCAAUAUCGACGUGAGGAUCUCAAACGGAAUGGGGCCUGCCCACAACAGCCUACAGCGCAGCAUACGAAGCAGUCUCUCAUUAUUUCACGAUUCUCAUGGCGAAGAUUUUGUGCGAGAUGUUGAGGAGUCCCUUGCAGAUGUCACACAAGUCAUCGAUGCCCAAAUCAACCAAACGAACGAUUUCGAAUUCACGAUAUGUGAGUUGAAAGGGGUGAACUGGUCAGUUCAGGUACCUGCGGCAUUCACAGUCGGCGCUUCUGCAUCGCACGGGCGACGAGACAUCCAGGCGGUUUUAGACCGUAUCCAGACUAGCAUCGGCGAUGUCCUACAGGGACAUAACACCGCUGUACGUGUCAACGCACGGAAGCGGGGACAUCUGGUGUACAAAGAGGUGAUACAAACACAUGAGAUACCCGGAAGGUUAAAAGAGACUUUCCAAUCACACGAGGAAGAAGGGUCUGUCCUGAUGUACAGACUCAAGGAACGAAUUCAGAAGGAUAUCGACAUGAUCUUUAAGGACACCUGCUCGAUCGACGACAUUGCGCUGGAAGAGGAAGAGAGACACCCUCGUCCAAUCGAGGUUCCGCUCUCGCCGGGCCUCUCAGUCGAGUGGCCCGAAAGACACAACGGACCAUCACUAGAAUUUCCCCCUUUAUCGGCAAAGACUUCGACCGAACGAGUAAAUGACAACCCAAUAUCCUUCGUCAAACGAGCAUUCUCACUCAAGCGGCGCUCCACAUCAUCAUUAAGGCAAAGUCUACGGUCUAUUGCUAGCAGCAGAUCCAGUCUGAACAGCCAAGACGACAGCUACUCCGUUAAUAUUCCACAUGUUCCCGAAGCCCCCGCGAGACCGGUAUCUCCCACUCCAGCAACAUCAACAAAGUCCUCGAAGAAGAGGUUCAGCCUCGGCAAGAAAAUUUCCAACAUGUUCAAAUCGAAGGACUCCAAAAGCGACUUGAAAAGCGAUGUGAAGACCGAUAUCAAAAGCGAGUCGAGCUCCAGGCGACGGUUUUUCAGGUCUUCCUCGUCCAAAAGUACUAAUGCAGUGCCCGUGGCACCUGUAGAGCCAAAGUUGAUGCGAGCUCACACCGCCACGGAAGCAGGCGGCGGUCGGACGCUGCAUCGCCCUACGCGUUCGAUGACGUCGAAUCCAUUAGGUAGUUAUGACGCCACUCAUUCCGCAAGAGGAUCUUUCGAACACCCUCGACCAUUCCAAGCAGCAACUCCCAACCUGGCGAACGGGCACGGGAUUGCAUCCAAAAUUUUCGAGACAUAUCCACAACCGACAGAACCGCGAUGGUCUAUUGAUCGCUUGGAACGACCUGUGAUGGAUACUCCGCAGCUUUAUGAAGAUGCCAAAGAGUUCCCGCACCAAUUGCUCACUCCGGGGCUUACGACACGAAGCACCGACACCCCUAAUCCUUUCCACUGGUUGGCGAGCCCCGGAGCCGAUGCAUACUCGACGGCACCGUCUACACCUGCAUUGAGUUUAGGUGGAGAGUCUUCACCAAGGCACAGCUUGCUAAUAAGCCCGAUACAUGUGAGACAUCUGGAGUUGAAGGAUAAUACCUCGAGCGACUUUGAACCUGAAUCCGAGCCCGAAGAGGCUGAGGUUGGGACGGGGGUGACUACGGUGGGCGCUUCGGUCGCGGCGGGGAUGGAAGUUUUGAAGCCUUCGGAAGAUGACGUGCGAUCUGUUGUGUUAACGCCUAAGGACCACACUAUACAGCCCGAGCAAUUAGCCGAGGGGUUCGAUGAAGAAGCUGUAAAGUCAGUGUCUUAUGAUGCUACCGCAACGGCCAUCUCGAUAAAAGACACCACGACUGCGCCGUCAGACUUGCACAAAACAGAAUCGGAGCUUACAGCAUUGGACGAAACAUUGGCUCCCGAGAAUCGAGAACUCAGAACCGAACCUGCACCACUGUCCAAUGAGACUCUGUCUAAAGAGUCGGACUUCCCUAAACCAGCUAUCCGCCCGCUGCAACCCAGUCAUGAGACAACGGUCUUCGUGGAUGCCCGCAAUGCGAAUUCGGAAACAAAGUCGGCUUCAGAUAAAGGGACCGAAGUGCAAAAUGCUCCCGUCGUCCAGAAUGAAAAUCGGGUGAUUGCAACUGAGACCGACUACUUCAAGGAUUUCGAGUCUGUUGCCGAAAGCAAACCAAUCGCGGAUAUCAUCGGCUCUGAUAUUGAUGCGAGUGAAGUAAACGACGCGACUGUCUCUCUGGUUGAUAACCCUGCCGACGACCUGAACGGCCUGAUUGCGGAACCGGCAAUCACCCAGUCCGGGCCCGAGGGAGACAAAGCCGAGUAUCAACAUGAUCAGGAAUGCGACACACGAGUAUCCGACGUGGAUGAUGUGCCCCCUACCUCCACCGAGGAGGUUGCUCAUGAUAUCCAGCCGACUGUGAAGGCGUUUCAACCCAGCCCCGAAGAUCAGACUGCUGAGCCGGAUAAUUACGAGGCUGACAUCGUCGCAAGCGAAAUCCGUCACGAGCCCCCUUCAAUGGAUGAAGUCACCCAAGAUUGCAAUAAUACAGUUCCUGAAGAUGAGAGUGUCGACGCACCUUCAAGAGAUGAAACAAGUCCUCUCGCUGAACUUGCUGCUCAGGAGCCCAAGCCAGCGCAGUCCAGCCCUGAAGCAGACGUAGCUGGAACAGGGGAGGAUGGCGCCAAACUCCCCACUGAGGAUCUGGACCAGAACGGGUCCGCGGAUUUCUUCGGUGAUGUCUCCGAACCUUCGGUUGCGGAUCACACUACCUUCGAAGUAUCAGGGGAGCCCAUGGAAGCCAGGGAAACUAUCAUUCAGACGGACACAUCAAGCGAAGGGUCUGUCUCUGAACAUGACAAGGAGUGGUCCGAACUAGCAGAGGGUGACAGUAUCUCGCCCGCGGGCUCAAAAACACUCGUCGAAGAUCAAGAUGAAACAGACAUGAUCAAUACCUUCGCAUCACUUCACAUCUCUUAUACCGACAAAGCUACCGGCGCGAGUACUAAAGAACAUCCUGGGUCCAACAAUCAGGACGUUAGCGGGAGCGCACUGGUGGCGCACGUAGAGAUUCAUAAAUCUGAAACUCGGGAGCCAUCGGGCCUUGAAUUAAAGGACGUGGAGAAUACUUUCGGUCCCGAACCAGUACCCGUCGAGUCCAAGGAAGAUGUUCUCUCCGAUAAUGACACAAUCGAAAUUACUGAUGAAACACCGAAUAGCCUCAGGCAACCGGAUUGGGUGUUUGAAGAGACGGACCGGCCUCACUCCUGGGUAGACACCAAUCUCCUCCAACCUUCUGAAGCUCUGGACUCUAGGUCUGAUGCUAUCAAUGUCUCCGAGAGCCCUGAACUAACGGCAGAGUCUCCCGAUAUUCAAGAUCAUGAUCAUACCCACAUCCCCCCCGAAACCCCCCUUCCGCUUGAGGAGGCUCCCGGUGCUCAAGAGUCGGAGGCGACCUUUUCAAAGGUCGGCAAGGCUGACGAGUCAGUGCCUGUGGCUGUGGCUACUGUAAAGUGGACUCCUGAUGUCGAGGAGGAUUACGAGCUGUCAUUUGGUACGGUUGAAACAGCGGCCAAUAUCGAUUCUGUGGAAGCUGUCGAUGAUGUCCAGCACGUCGAGCACGUUGAGGAUGUCGGGACUACCUUUGAAGCCCCAGAUUUCCAAGAAGACGAGAAGGUUGAGAUCAACGCUACCAAUUCCGACGUGGCCGCCCAAUAUGUUCGCAGUUUCGAGGAGCGGGGCCGGCCGUUCGUCAGCACCUCAGACGUUGUUGAGCGUGGCCAUGUCUCUGAUGAGGUCUAUGAUAAUCGGGAUGCUGGCGUUGUGGAGAAACCUCACUUUGAUGAUUCGGACACCGAGCAUCGUGAGCCCACAAUUACUCAAUUCUGGCCCGAUCCUUCCUCGGUCUUCAUUCCGUUCGCCCCUAAGGAGGUGUUGGGAAACGACACUGAGCUUUUUCAUCCUGACUCUAUGUCCACGAUGGAUAGUACAAUUCUCGGCGUGGAGACGGCUGAGCAUUGCGACCCAACUCUACCGCAGUUCCGUUCCAGUGACGUCCUUGAGAUUGCCUGUCGUUCUUACGCCGUUAGUGGGGAUACAGAGGAGGGGUUUGAGGUAUUCAAACCUACCGAAGCAGUUAGCGCUCGUGUGGAAGAAAAGGCCAAUUACCGCGAUCCCACCAUGCCCCAGUUCCGGCCUCAUGUACUUUUGCAGCCGACGCCCACCCCUCUGGUUCUACAUGUUCAAAUGACUGAGGAUAACAUUGUCUCUCAACAACCCAUGGAAGCGUCCAAGGAGGAAAUCCCUCAUCGUGGCAAGGACGAGACUGAGUACCGUGAUCCUACAAUGCCUCAAUACCGACCCAACUCAUUCAGGAGUGUCUGCAGCCCCUCGGUCUCUAUCAUGAUGGCUGAGACGGCUGGAUAUGGAGAGAAACCGGUACCAAUACUCAUCGAUGCGGCUCUGAUCGAAACCACCAAAUUUAGCGAGGGAGAUCUUGACUGUUGCGAUCCUACGAUGCCUCAAUUCCGGCCAAACUCAAUCCUUGACAGCACCCCCAUUUCCUCUGUCUCCGAUGAGCCAGUCCAUGAGCAAAGAGAGCAACCAGAUAUACCCACUGAAGAUGAUAGCUCGGAAACCUCCUCACGAGAUAAUCUAAGCGCUGAGUACCAUGACCCAACAAUGCCUCAAUUCAAGCCGAACUGGGACGGUCCGGAGUUACCUCACCUCGGCCAAGCUGGUGCUGAGCAACCGACAGAACAGAGCGCGGAGUACCAUGACCCAACAAUGCCUCAAUUCAAGCCGAACUGGGACGGUCCGGAGUUACCUCACCUCGGCCAAGCUGGUGCUGAGCAACCGACAGAACAGAGCGCGGAGUACCAUGACCCAACAAUGCCUCAAUUCAAGCCGAACUGGGAUGGCCCGGAGUUACCUCACCUCGAUCAAGCGGGCGCUGAGCAACCGAGACAACAGAACGCUGAGCUGACCAACCUUGAGCCUGUGGAGAACGAGAAGGAUGAUGAUACAGCUGCAGAAGUCAACGCAGAAAAUACACAGUCUCUCAGGCAGCUCAAUGAUUCCACUCAGCCUGAGCGUGUCGGAACCGAAGCUCCUGAUACUGAAGAAGUGAGAGACAUGCAGGCCGAAUCGCUUGAGUCUGACAAUGCCCGCGACAGAAUGCCAGAAGCAAAGUUUGUGGAAGCGGAGUCUCCUGAACACAUCCAGCCUGAUAAUGUCCCUGUUACUGAAUCUGUGGGCGAGACUCAUUCCGAGACUGAAGAUGAAGAGGCCGAGUUUGACUCCAGUGAACCCCUGUCUCAGCCAGCUACUGAGCAAUCUCAAGGAACCCAGGCAGAGGAGCUUCCCCAAGACCAGUUUGACACUCUUUUUGUGCCGGUUGAUCCCAAACCUGCUACGGAGCUUGGCACCAUCGAAACUGGUGCCAAUGAACUUGCCGAGAGUGAUUCCGAAUCUUCCUCUCAGUCAUCUUCUGAGUCAGGUUCUGAGCGCACCCCAACCCCUUGGGGGGAGGAGCUUUACCAUGAUCAGCAUGAUGCACUCUUUGAGCCUAGGGAAGGGUGCAUUCACCAUGUGGCUGCACAUGAUGCAGUCCUCAAACUUUCAGGAGUCUCUAAGCUCGACCAGGUCGAGUAUCGCGACCCGACGAUGCCUCAGUUCCGGCCUAAUAUCUUCCUUCCGUACCGCGAUCCUACCAUGCCUCAGUUCCGGCCUAACGCGGUUAUGAUAAUCUCUCCGAUCACUGUCCCUGAGACAGUGCAAGAAUCAGCUGAGGAGCUCGAUACCGACUACAUCAUUGAUCGUGCCAUGGAUGUCCUUGAUCAGCUUGAAAGCGAAGAGAGAGCGGGUCUAAACGAGGAAUUCGUCGAUCAAGUGAUUGAUCUGUGCGAGCAAGUUCUUGAGCAAUCUAGUGCCGAGGCUGAAGAGACCGAAGAUCCUCUUGAGCAGUUUGAAGCCAACAACGCUCUCGAACAGAUCGAAGCUGAGACUGAACAAACUGAGAGGCUUCUCGAGGAACUCAACAAUGAACAACUUGGGCGCACCAUGGAGCUAUUCGAGGAAGCCAUUACUGGACAGGCUCUAAAAGAAACUGACAAUGCCCUUGACGAAAUUGCGGCCGAGGCUGUACAAACUGAGGAGCUUCUCAAGGAGCUUGAUACUGCGCAAACCGAGCGGGUCCUUGAGAUUGCCCAAGACCUUGAGAUCCAGCAUUCACUCGAUGAAAGUGGGAAGACGCUGGAGCAACCUGCCAUUGAAGUCGAAUGCACUGAAGAGCUCCUUGAAAAGGUCAAUGCUGAGCAAACGAAGAGGGCUGAAGAGCUUGUCGAUCAGCUUGAAACAGAGAAGGAGAAUGAGCAAAAUCAGGCAAGCCUUAAGGAGAUCAAUGCUGAGAUCGAAAAAACCGAGACGUUGCUCCAGGGACUUGAUCUCAGGCAACAUGAACGCGCAGAGGAGAUUCCCCAGCAACAAGGAUCUCAGCAAGAUGUCACCCUCACUGCUGCGGACAAAACAACAGAAAAGCCCAUCAACUCACCAGUGGCUGGACAAGCAGUUGAUGUUCCUGAAUCAUUCCUGGAUGAGUUCCCCGAAGACAAGGAGCAACCCCACCCUUCAGCUGUCCUUCCUGCCGAGGCUGCGAUUGCGGAGGCUGCUGCUGGCGUGCCACUUGCGUCCCACAGAUUUGUGUCAAGGCCACCCACUCUUGGGUACGCUGAAAUUGGUACCGCCGAGAUGCAAGAUACUCCUCAACAGCCUACUGUCGCCGUGAUUGAUAAGGCUCCUAUCGGUGAAUCGAGUAUCACUCCUAAUGUUCAGCUUGAGUAUCCCGGGAUUGAGCUCGCCAAUCUCGAAGAUGAAGGUCUUGAGGAUGCCGAUGUGGCGUCCGAUGUCCCUUCAGUUGAGCCUACUACUGGCCCUGUCAUUGUCAACUGUGAGACUUGGAUCGAGCAUACUGAUAUUGGGAAUAUCGCCUUGGAGACCCCUGCUUCUGUUGUUCAGCGAGCGGCAGAGGCGACUUCUAGCCAUGAGCCAAUCGUCCAAGAAGCCCAUCCAGAGUUUCCCAACAUUGAGCACGCCAACCUUGAAGACGAAGGCCUUGAAGAUAGCGAGUUACCAGCAGACAUCGCUUCCGCUGAACCCGCGGCUGCGCCAGUCGUGAUCAACUGCGACACCUGGAUCGAGCAUGCUGACGUUGAGGAUGCUGGAGUUCAGGUCCAGGUGCCUCGUGUUGCGUCUUCCGGUGAGGAGACGACCAUGGAACCCAUAUUGAUCCCUGUUCAAUCAUCAUACGGAGAAAUUCUUGCUGAGAAGUCUUGCACUCCUCUUGCUGAACCUACGCCCAUAUCUGAGUGUAUCGCUACACCUUAUCUUGAGGAUAUGGCUGUCACUGAAUCUCAAUCCGAGCAAGAGACCAGCACCAAUGAGCCAAUGAUCGUUAGCGAUAUCAACGAGGAUGAGCCUUUGGCUUGUCAGGUUUCGCAUGAGCAAGGUGCGGAUUUUGAAGAGCAAGAUACUCCCUCCGAAGUGGUUGAUCGAAGCUUGGGUAAUGCUCCUGGCACUGAAGACACUGAUGACUCGACUGGAGAUGUGGAUACAACCAAUGCCGAUGGGUCUCUCAGAGUCGAGUCGCUUGAUAACCUCAUUCGAUCCGCGGAGGCUAUCGAGAACAAACUGAGGGAACCCCCCGAAGUUGAGUCUGCCACUGGCGAGGAUGAGAAGGCUGGGGGUGAGGAAGUGAUACCAGCUAUGGAUCCAGUCGAGGAACCGUUGUCUCUGGAACUCGAGGCAAAUAUCGAGGAGACUGGAGACUUUGACAAGACUCCACUUGCCAUUCCAUCGGGCAAAGACGAGGAUGUGAUCGUGGAACAGGAAAUGCUUCAGGACAUCCCAGCAGCUGCCCUUCCUGACCUGUGUCUCCUUGAAGAGAUUGUCACUAACCAGCCAAUCUCUGCCCCGGCAAUCCCCUUCAUCACCCAAGAGAUAUUAGAGCCAGCCCAGCAACUGUCUGACAUCUCCAAUCCCCGUCAAGUAUUCAGAGUCAGUCCUCGCGGCUCUGUCGACACCAUCCGCGGUUCGGAUGUUGACGAGGAAGAAGCUCCUGAGCUGUAUGCUCCUCCUCCAACGGCUGGUUUCUUUGGAUUCCAUCACUAUCACGAGAACAAGUGGGCUAAGGUCGGUUUGUUCGAAGUCUUGAUUAACUCAACCUCUCGUCGGUUCAGUCUUCCUCUUCAGUCCUUGUUGCACCGUAAGCAUAGGUCCGACGCUUGUCCGUAAGCGACAUUGAU